AAGGCGGGCUAGUUUUCCCUGGGCUUGUGGGGAGGUGGGCGGGGCCUCUUCCUGGGCCUAGCUCUGGUUUCCAUGGAAACCACGGGCUUCCCAACUUGUGGCUGCCUGGGCAGGUUCCCAGCCUAGGCCUCAUCGGCUGCUAGUCUCCUCCCCAGACCGCAGACUGCUCUAUCCUCGGCCUCUCCGGGUCCCUCUUUGUGUCUGCCCCUCUCGCUGAGCCUCUGGCCUCCUCCACGGGCCUCUGAUGCCUUCUUCAGGAACCUGGGCCUCUUGCCCUCUGUCCCUAAACUCUAGCCUCCUAGCAAACAGGCCUCCCAAGCUUCUCCCCCUCCCACUCGGGCCUUUCUCGGUUCGUCAGCCGCUCUAGGGCCUGGCAGACCUCCUCGGCCACGCCAGCUGCUUCCUGCCCUGUCCCCCCAAUGGAGACCCCAGGACUCGUGCACGGGGAGGCUGCGCCCUUCUCCACAGCGCUCCGAAGCCUCAUCAACAACCCCCAAUACAGUGAUGUCUGCUUUGUGGUAGGUCAAGAGCAGCAGGAGGUAUUUGCCCACCGCUGCUUGCUGGCCUGCAGAUGCAACUUCUUCCAGCGACUUCUGGGAGCAGAAGCGAGUUCUGGGGUGCCUAGUCCCGUGGUGCUGAGCACGGUGCCCGCUGAGGCCUUCCUGGCUGUGCUGGAGUUCCUGUAUACCAACAGUGUCAAGUUGCAGCGUCACUCCGUGCUGGAGGUGCUGACCGCGGCUGUGGAGUAUGGGCUAGAGGAACUGCGAGAGCUGUGCCUGGAGUUUGUGAUGAAGGUGCUGGAUGUGGAGUUGGUUUGUGAGGCCUUGCAGGUGGCUGUAACCUUUGGCCUGGGACCACUGCAGGAGCGUUGCAUAGCCUUCAUAGAGGCCCACAGCCAGGAAGUGCUCCGGACUCGAGGCUUCCUGGAGCUGUCAGCUUCAGCGUUGCUGCCCUUGCUGCGCAGCGACAAGCUCUGCGUGGACGAGGCCGAGCUGGUUCGGGCUGCCCGGAGCUGGGCGCGCGUGGGUGCAGCGGUGCUGGAGCGGCCGGUGGCUGAGGUGGCGGCUCCGGUGGUGCGAGAGCUGAGACUGGCCUUGCUGGCCCCGGCGGAGCUGAGCGCCUUAGAAGAGCAGAACCGGCGGGAGCCUCUCAUUCCGGUGCGGAGGCCGGGACCCUGGCAUAGAUCUACUCAGCAGCGUGGGGACAAGGUGGAGCAGAUCGUAGAGGCGUGGAAGUGCCACGCUCUGCGGAGAGGAGACACAGCCCGGGGCGCUCCGUGCCGCCGCCGGAGAGGCACCCUUCCUCGGGAGCAUCACCGCUUUCUGGAGCUGCCCUUCAAGUGACCCAGGGCUAGGACUUGUGAGGACUCUUGGGUCUGCGCGACUCGGUCUGCCAAACUACAGCUCCCGACAUGCUCGGCGCUCGGAGCGCUUCCGUUCCCAGCACGCCCCGCGAGCGGCGUGCCGGAAGGGCCGUUCUCUGCGCGCUCUUUGCUUGGGGACGGACGAGGGCGGGACGGUGAGGGGCGAUGCCCGGAAGUCGGAUCUCCUUCGCGCCACUCCCUCGCCCUAUGCCCCAUCCCUGGGCACCUUGGUGCGCCCGGCUGCUCUGACGACACUCACGUCCCUGUUCAGCGCGGCCUCCUCCCCCCCUGAAUACCCCAUGGGCUCAGUGCAAAGUCGAGCGCCCCAUCUUUCCUCUCUGUCCCCGUCGUGUUUCUGAUGUCCGUGGACGCCCCUGCCGGAAACCUGGAUCCCAUCCUUGCCUAAGCUCACACACCUGCCUCGGGUCAUUCCCACCUUUUAAGCGACCUUUCCAGUUGGUUCAGUUCUCUGGCUGCCCUUCCGCCCACGUCUCAGUCUCUGUCCUCACUCCAGCGCCGCCUCACUCCGUUUCCCACGCUGCAGCCAGAACUGUGCUAUCCCGUCAACUCUGCUUCCUUGAUUAAGUCCCUCCGCAUCGCCGUGGCUCUCCAGACCAGAAUACAAACCUAGUUCACCUUCAGGGCACUCAAAACUACCAGCGGUUACUAAAUACUAGCAACCCCUCUCACCCCUUACCUUUACAGAAAUUCGUUUAUCCUGGAGGUACUUACUGCUAAUCCUCUGGCCCCGAUUUACUCUCUUGGUCGUUGAAAGCUGCUCUCUCAUUCGUCAUACAUCUUGUCUUCCAGAGAACCUAACUCUCUCUGGGGAAAAACCCCUGGGGCCUGGAGUCGUGCCUCAUUCAUUUUUUGCUUGUCAGUCUCUAUUGCAUAAUUGGUGCUCUGAAAAUGUCAAGUGAAUGACUUUAUUUCCUUACUUAAAUGCCACUUUAUUCCAUUAAAAAGUUUUAAAGGAGUUGUAAAACAAGAUACCAUCAAUCUAAAAGGGGCAGUAGCCUAUUUAGGAGAAAAUAAAGUUAGAUUUCUGACUCGGGGGGCUUAUAAAAAAUUUAUUGCACACAGAUUAAAAAUGGUUAUUUAGUAUUCUCUCUCCACAUUGAAAAUGUGGUCAUUUAGUGGUACCACUUCAAGGCAGCAUUGUUUGGAUAAUGAAAACUGAAUAUAGACUGUAUGUCUGUAAUAAAGGACUGGCUGAAGUGUGGUGUGUUCCUACAAAACAUAAAAAGAUGGAGCUGGAGUUGUGGCGUAGCAGGAAGCCUCCAUUUGUGACAAAGGCAUCCCAUUUCAGAGUGCUGAUUUGAGCCCCAGCCGGUCCACUUCCUAUCGUUUCCUGUUGACAUGCCUGGGAAGACAGCAAAUGAUGGCCAAAGUAAUUGGACCCCUGCUACUCAUGUGGAGACCAAGAUGGAGUUCCUGGCUUCAGUCUGUCCCAGCCUUCGACCAUCUCAACCAUUUGGGGAGUAAACUAAUGGAUGGAAGAUCUCUUUCUGUCUCUCCCUGUCACUCUGCCUUUCAAAUAAAUAAGCCAUACACACACAUAUAAUUUCCAUGAUUUUGGGGGAAAAAGUACAGUGUAGGCCAAGUAUAGCUGAUUCCUUUUGUUAAAAGCAAAUGUUAGGGGGCCAAUGCUGUGUGUCGUGGGUAAAAGUGCCAUCAUCCAUAUGGGCACUGGUUCGAGUCCUGGCUGUUCCUCUUCUCUGCUAUGGCCUGGGAAAGCAGUGGAAGAUGGCUCACGUUCUUGGGCCCCUGCACCCGCAUGGGAGACCUGGAAGAAACUCCUGUCUCUUGGCUUUGGAUAGGCCCAGCUCUGGCUGUUGCAGCCAUUUGGGGAGUGAACCAGCGGGUGGAAGAUCUGCUCGCUCUCGCUCUCUCUCUCUCUCUCUGCCUCUGACUAUAACUCUGCCUUUUAAGUAAAUAAAUCUUUUAAAAAAAAAAAAAAAGGUGUAGGCGGCAGGGGGGGGGGGGGGGAGAAGAAAAGUUCUUGCCAGCCUUCUGGAGCCAGGAUGCUUGGAGCUCCACUACUUAAAAUUGCUUUUUGAACUGAGUGAAGCCACUUAACCUAUACCUCACUUCCCUUGUUUAUAAAAUGGAGAUAAUAGAACCUGUUAAGUAGGGUUGUCAGGAAAAUGAAACUAGUUUUUUUAAAGCACAUAGACCUUUAAUGGGACAGAUUAAAUACUGUAUAUAUGUUUAGAAAGUAAGUACCAAGUGUUCAUGGGCAAGGCAUUGAUUGGUGGUGUAGUAGGUAAAAGCUACAUCCCAUAAGGGUACAGGUUCGAGUCCUGGCUGCUUCAUUUCUGAUCCAGUUCCCUGCUAAUAGCCUGGGGAAAGCAGGGGAAGAUGCCCAAAUGCUUGGGCUCAGAUGGAGUUCCUGGCUCCUGGCUUUGGCCUGGCCCAGCUCCAGCCGUUGCAGCCAUCUGGGGAGUGAACCAGUGGAUGGAAGACCUCUCUCUAUAACUCUUCCAAAUAAAUAAACUUAAAAAAAAAAAAAAAAAAAAAGCUAAGUAGUCUCACAGAGCUUACAUCCUAGGGGGAAAGAAAUAACAGGAAAAGAGUAAAGAAAUAGUAAAGUAACACCUUGACAGUAGGGACUCCAUUUUGGAGAACCUGAGAUUCCAUUCUGGGAAGGUACCCCCCACCCCACCCCACCGUGAGACUCUGGUCUGAAACUAUGAUCUAAAACAGUCGGACAAUAGUAGUCCACUACAUCACACUUGGCAGAGCAUAGAAACCCCCUAGCUCAAGCUUGGAAGUGGAUAGGCUGCACCUGGGUUAAUGAUAAAAAUGUAAUUUGUCUAUGUCCUACAUAUGAUUAAAACCAAUAUUUGGAUUAAUGUCAAGAUUAUAAUUGAAAUUGUUAAGAUUGUAACAUAUUGUCAAGAUUAUAAUUGAUACUAGUUUCACAUGGGUUUUAGGUGAGCUUAACCCCAGUAACCAUGUAUUCCCCCUGAUCCUAGCAACCAUGUAUUCCCCUCCCGAUUUUGCAGUUUUUGCCUUUAUAAACACUGUUACUUUGGUCUUCGGGGUCGAGAGUUCUUUAGGGCAUGAGCCCACUCUACUGCCGGCAAUAAAGGACCAUCAAAUUUUAUCAACGUGU